AUGGCGCGGGAGGAGCUGUCGACGGAGAUCGUGAACCGCGGCGUGGAGCCGUCGGGCCCGGACGCCGGGUCGCCGACCUUCUCGGUGCGCGUGCGCCGCCGGCUGCCCGACUUCUUGCAGUCGGUGAACCUCAAGUACGUGCGGCUCGGCUACCACUACCUGCUGAGCCACGGCGUGUACCUGGCCACCAUCCCGGUGAUCGUGCUGGUGUGCGGCGCCGAGGUGGGCAGCCUCAGCCGCGACGAGCUGUGGCGCAAGGUGUGGGACGAGGCCACCUACGACCUCGCCACCGUGCUCGCCUUCCUCGCCGUCCUCGCCUUCACCAUCUCCGUCUACAUCAUGUCCCGCCCCAGGCCCAUCUACCUCAUCGACUUCGCCACCUACAAGCCCGCCGACGAACUCAAGGUGUCCAAGGCGGAGUUCAUCGAGCUGGCGCGCAAGUCGGGCAAGUUCGACGAGGAGAGCCUGGCGUUCCAGGCGCGGCUGCUGGCCAAGUCCGGCAUCGGGGACGAGUCCUACAUGCCGCGCUGCGUCUUCCAGCCCGACGCCAACUGCGCCACCAUGAAGGAGGGCCGCGCCGAGGCCUCCGCCGCCAUGUUCGCCGCGCUCGACGAGCUCUUCGACAAGUGCCGCGUCCGCCCCAAGGACGUCGGCGUGCUCGUCGUCAACUGCAGCCUCUUCAACCCCACCCCCUCCCUCUCCGCCAUGAUCGUCAACCACUACAAGAUGCGCGGCAACAUCCUCAGCUACAAUCUGGGGGGCAUGGGCUGCAGCGCGGGCGUCAUCUCCAUCGACCUGGCGCGUGACAUGCUCCAGGCCAGCGGCGCUGGGCUCGCCGUCGUGGUGAGCACCGAGGCCGUGUCAUUCACGUGGUACGCCGGGAAGCGCCGGUCCAUGCUCAUCCCCAACGCCUUCUUCCGCGCCAAGUACCAGCUGGAGCACGUGGUGCGCACGCACAAGGGCGCCGACGACCGCGCCUUCCGCUCCGUGUACCAGGAGGAGGACGAGCAGCGGAUCAAGGGCCUGUCCAUCAGCCGCGACCUGGUGGAGGUCGGCGGCCACGCGCUCAAGACCAACAUCACCACCCUCGGCCCGCUGGUGCUGCCCUUCUCGGAGCAGCUCCUCUUCUUCGCCGGCGUGCUGUUCCGCCACCUCUACCCGUCCAAGACGUCCACCCCGCCGCCGCCGGCCGCCAACGGGGACACCUCGGCCGCCGCGCCCUACAUCCCGGACUUCAAGCGCGCGUUCGAGCACUUCUGCAUGCACGCGGCCAGCCGCGACGUGCUGGAGCACCUGCAGCGCAACCUGGGCCUCCGCGACGCCGACCUGGAGGCCUCCCGCGCCGCGCUGCACCGCUUCGGCAACACCUCCAGCAGCAGCAUCUGGUACGAGCUGGCCUACCUGGAGGCCAAGGGCCGCGUCCGCCGCGGCGACCGCGUGUGGCAGCUCGCCUUCGGCUCCGGGUUCAAGUGCAACAGCGCCGUGUGGCGCGCCGUCCGCCGCGUGCGCCGCCCGUCCAGGAGCCCGUGGCUGGACUGCGUCGACCAGUACCCGGCGCGCAUGGACGCCUGA